GCAGUGGCUGGAGGAUGCCAUGAAAGAGAACGACCCCUCCAGUGUGCUGCUCUUCCUGGUGGGAACCAAGAAAGACCUGAGUUCUCCUGCCAUGUUCUCCCAGAUUGAGCAGGACGCCAUUAAACUGUCAGAAGAGAUUAGAGCAGAAUACUGGGCGGUGUCUGCACUUUCAGGAGAGAGUGUGAAGGAGUUCUUCUUCCGCGUGGCAGCGCUGACAUUUGAGGCAAACGUUCUGGCUGAGUUGGAGAAGAGCGGAUCCAGACGCAUCGGCGAUGUUGUCAGAAUAAACAGCAAUUCCUGCAACUUGUACGCAACAUCCCAGAAGAAGCAGUCUAACUGUUGCCAGUGAGGUUGAAUUGUACAUUGACAGAAAGUUUCACUCUAAAUUACCACAGCAUGGUACUAAAGCACAUGGAUAGCAGCACAGCCAUCCAAGAGAAAUGUCCACAGCAGAAUUGCCAUGGAAAACCGAAUGUCAGCAUUGCAAAGGGGACCCCAAAUGGUACGAACAAUGUAAUUGUCUGUGAGGAAGUUGUGGAUGAUUCCCACAAAUGAGCUGGACUUCAAACAUCUUGAAUACAUUAUUGUAUGUGGUU